GCGAUCUGACCCUCCGCUUCGGUUGGGCACCACCACCCCCGACCGACCCCCGAGGAGAGAAGUCCCGGUUUGGCAUGCCGGUUUAUCCCGGGCUUCCUUCGGGGUCUGCUUCUCCCGACGCCCCCUUUCCAUAAAGGGCGGCUUUGAGACGAAGGGGAAGGGGAGCCUUGGCGGGCGCCUUCCAGCCGAGCCUCCGCUGAGAGACUGGCGCAUGCUGCACUUCGCUUUGGGUCUCGCUCCAGCAGCCGCCGCAGCGCCCCCUCCGCCGCCCCCCAGCUCCCUCUUCGCCCCGAUCAUUUCAGGCUCCUUCUACUGGCUGCCUGGACUCGGCUCCCGACUCCUUCAUGAAUUGCGGACGACAUGCCCGUUUUUUAGCCGGGGAACCUUCUUCUCGUCCCGCAUGUUCAGGACCAAACGAUCGGUGCUCGUCCGAAGACUCUGGCGGAGCCGGGCGCCCGGCGGAGAGGAAGGCGCCGGCGAGAUCGCAGAAGGCGCUGCGGACGGACGGCCUCAUGGGGCCGGAGGAGGAGGAGGAGGAGGAGGCGGGAGCCGGAUUUGCUGCCUGGGCAAGCCGGGGAAAGCGGCCAAGGCUCACGGCGGAUCGUCGGAGGCUGAACUGAAAGCGCUGGCCCACUCGGUGCUGAAGCGGCUGAAGGAGAAGCACCUGGAGGUCCUGCUCCAAGCCGUCGAAUCCCGCGGAGGCACCAGGACCUCGUGCCUCCUCCUGCCCACCAAGGUGGACUCCAAACUGGGCCAGCAUUGGUACUCUCUCCCGCUGCUCCUCUGCAAAAUCUUCCGAUGGCCCGAUCUCCGGCCUGGCUCGGAAGUCAAGCGGCUUUGCGGCUGUGAAUCUUACGGGAAAACUCACCUGGACUUAGCCUGCUGCAACCCCUAUCACCUGAGCAGACUCUGCGAGCUAGAGUCUCCCCCGCCUCCUUACUCCAGAUACCCAAUGGAUUUUCUCAAACCAACGGCGAGUUGUCCAGAGUCUGUGCCUUCUUCCACCGAAACGAGGGGAACUAAUUUUCUGGCCCCUGAGGGGCUCGCAGAUUCUCAAGUUCUACAGGAACCUGGGGAUCUCUCACACUGGUGCGUGGUGGCCUAUUGGGAAGAGAAAACCCGUGUGGGGCGCCUGUACUCGGUCCAAGAACCUUCCCUGGAUAUCUUUUACGAUCUACCUCAGGGGAACGGCUUCUGUCUCGGACAGCUCAAUUCGGACAAUAAAAACCAUCUGGUGCAGAAGGUCCGUGCCAAGAUCGGUUAUGGCAUCCAGUUGAGCAAGGAAGUCGACGGCGUAUGGCUUUAUAACCGCAGCAGUUAUCCGAUUUUUAUCAAGUCGGCCACACUGGACAACCCGGAUUCCAGGACGUUGUUGGUUCACAAAGUGUUUCCGGGUUUUUCCAUCAAAGCGUUCGAUUACGAGAAAGCGUACAGCUUGCAGAGGCCCAACGACCACGAAUUCAUGCAGCAACCUUGGACGGGUUUCACGGUGCAAAUCAGCUUCGUGAAAGGUUGGGGCCAGUGCUACACCAGACAGUUCAUCAGCAGUUGUCCGUGCUGGCUGGAGAUUAUUUUUAAUAACCGAUGACUCAACCGCAGGCCUUCCCGAGUUUGGCAUCUUGAAGUGUGGAGGGGCGGACUUCAACUCCCAGAAUUCCCCAGCCAGCAAGAGAACUCUGGGAAUUGAAGUCCACCUUUCUUCCAGGGUGUCCAAGCUUGGGAACCGCUGCUUAACCAGUGACAUUUUAUAAUGACUUUGCUGCUAAAACGUUUCCUUUUGAGUGCUUGCUAUGGUGUGCAAACGUUUUUUGUUUGUUUGUUCUGUUUUGAGAAAUAGCUUAUGGGAAGAUUUCUUUCUUUCUUUCUUUCUUUCUUUCUUUCUUUCUUUCUUUCUUUCUUUCUUUCUUUCUUUCUCUCUCUCUCUCUCUCUCUCUCUUUUUCUUUCUCCCUCCCUCCUUUUCUCUGUCUUUUUAUUUUGGGGUAGGCGGGCAAUGUGGAGAUACUUUUUUAAAAAUGUAGAUGACCAACAACCCAGAAGGAGAGAAGACAUACGGAGAGGAAGAUUGUUGGGAAAGGUUUAAUUUGGACGUGGUUACAGAGAGACUCACUCUGAUCUCUUUUCAAUUGGGAUUCAAUCACAGUUUACAGGAUUUGCAGGUUACCAUCUUCACUGUACCUUUUCUUGAAUUCAGGCUGUGUUAUCUUUCUCGCCUCCCUUUGUCAGGGCUCACACACGCUUCUCCUCUCCCAGGAGAAUCCUGUGUUUCCCCCAAUAAAUACACACCUUCUUUGCACACUUGGGAUGUUCUGCUGAUUUCAGCAGAGCUUAUCAAUCCACACUUAGAAGUGCCAUAAUACACCAAGAUCUGGUUUCCUUCAGUGACCAUAGAUGGAAGGAAGGUCUGGAGUUUUAUCUGGCUUGCAAGAGGUUGGUAGGACAGAUUCCUGCAAGCUAUUACAAUUAGUCCUUGACUUACAACCAUUCAUUCAGUGGCCAAUUGCAACGGUACUGGGGGAAAAAGUGAUGUGUGUCUAUUUUUUCCACACUUAACGUCCGUUGUAGCAUUCCCAUGGUCACGUGAUCAAAAUUUGGCCGCUUGGCAACGGGCUCAUACUUAACAACGGUUGCAGUGUCCCGGGGUCACGUGAUUUCCCCCCUUUUGCAACUUUCUGACAAGCAAAGUCAAUGGGGGAGCCCGAUUCGCUUAACAACCGUGUUACUAGCUUAGCAGCUGCAGCAAUUCACUUUACAACGGUGGUGGAAAAAAAUCACCAAAUGGGCCCAAGCUCACUGAAAAGCUGCCUUGCUUAACGACAGAACCUUUGGGGCUGAAUUGAGGUCGUAAGUCCAAGGACUACCUGUAUUUCAUUCUUGAAAUCAGAUUAAUGGUUCUGGAUCACUCCUGUUCGACAAGAUGCCUUCCUUUCCGAUAACGUGAAACCCAUGGAUCUUUCUACCUUGCUUCAGGUCACUCCCAUCUAUUCUUUGUUGCAAGAGAGAUGCAGGGAGGGAGACGAGCGGUUCAAGAAAUAUGAAAUAUAAAUAAAUAAAAUGAUAAAAUAAAGCAAAGCAGCUCCUUGCCGGUAUGAGGGUGGCGCAUAGCCACUGGCACAAUUCGCAAGAGUCACUGUCAACAGGGUGUGAGAAAGUUUCUUCCUUUCCUUCCUCUCUAUUAUAUCUACCUGUAACUUUAAUCCUUUUGACUGACCUUGUGGAUGGAAAAAAAAAGAAGAAGCUGGGAAAGAAAUAGCCAUUUUUCUGGGCUUGGCUAUCACUUACAAUGCCUGUAAACACCCCCCCAAAAAUUAUUUGGCCUGGGCUUUUCAAAUGGAUUUGCAAGUCAGACUUCGUACCCCCCUCUUCUCUGUUCAAUGGACAAAGCUGAAGUUCAGUAUUUACUCCCUGUCCCCUGUUUUGACCAGAUUUAAGAUAAUAACUGUUUGCAUCCAGAAACUGCAGUCAUUUGGCUAGUAUGUUAGUAUUUUUUUUUUCUUCGAUUCAUACACUUAGUAUGAUAAUUUUACACUGUUCUUAGCUCAAUGAGCACGUUUAGACCUUAACAUAAGCUAUUUUUCUAAAUGCAAAAGAGGAAUAAGUGAAGAAGAAAAGCAUCGUCCUUGGAAUUUUAGCAUUGAAGUGCUUUGGAAAAAAAUAAAAUAACAACAGACUUCUUUUUAAAAAAACAAAAACAAAAAACCCUGAGAUUUAUUAAAGAAAAAUGUAUUUUAUGUUAUAUAUAAAUAUAUUAUUACUUGUAAAUACAAAGACGUUUUAUAAGCAUCAUUAUUUAUGUAUUGUGCAAUGUGUAUAAACAAGAAAAAUAAGAAAAGAUGCACUUUGCUUUAAUAUAAAUGCAAAUAACAAAAUGCCAAAUUAAAAAAAAAAAAGAUAAA